AAGCACAUAGACAGAUUUUCAUACUAAAACUGAUUAACAGAAAAACAACAGAAAGAGCAUGAGUAAAUUAAAAGAUGGGGAAGAAGAAUCAGAAGAUUGCAGACAGUGGGUUCUCAAAUUCAGAAAUUUGCAAGUGGAAGAAGAAGCAAAACCAUGUCUUCUUUUUACAAUUACUUACUUAGGGUUUGUUCAACAAAUUCCAGAAGUACAUCAAUGGGGCUCAAAUCUAUCUUAUUGGAACUAAUCAUGUUUCUAAACAGAGUGCUGAAACCGUCAAGAAGUUGCAAUGUAGGUGAUCGAUUAUGUAAUGCCUGAUGUAGUUGCGGUUGAGCAGUGUAAGAAACGUGCCAUGGGGCUCAUGAAUUGGAAACCUGCUACAUUCUACCAAUUGUUAUGCAAAGCCAUGAGAGCUCCAGGUGGACUGUGCAUGAAGUUUGCUACGUUUUUUUAUGAAUCUUCAAUACCAGCGGGUGCGUGCAGAUGGUAUAUUUCCUGGUCUGGAAUUCAAGGUUGCAAUGGAAGAAUCUUCUAGAGUGGGAGCAAGAUGUUUCUACAUCGAUCAAGAUAUUAAUGUUACGCUUCAACAGUUCUCUAAAGUAUCCUCUUUUUACUGGCUUGGGUUCAUCAUAUCUGAUAGGGAUAAAGUCGAAUAUGCAAGAUCCUCUGUGCAGGAAAUUCAGAACACUUCGAAAAAACUUCGUCCAGAUCUUUUUAAGGUGAUGGUUGAAGAUAGAGACAAGUUUAUGUUUACGAACCUUAGAAGUUUUCAAGGAAAAGUUGUAGCAGUGGUUGGGAUGGGUCACAUGGAUGGAAUUGAACUGUUGUGGAGGCGGGUGGAGGAGGAUGACAAUAGCAGCGUCUUUAUAACUGUCAUUGAGGGUUGCCACGGCGCUUUCCUCGUUAUUUCGUUCUUCUUUGCUUUUUGCCUCUUUGAGGAGUAUCCAGUGUGCAGGGCCAAAAAGGAUAUCAUACCAAAACUGGUUAGCAGACAAAAGAACACAGAGAGCAUAUUAAAUACAAGGAUGGUGAAGAAGAAGAUGAUAGACAGUGGGUUUUCAAUCUCAGAAAUUUGCAAGGGGGAGCAAAACCAUGUCUUCCUGCAUUUACAAUUGCUUACUUAGGGUUUUUUAAGAAAAAAUCCAGAUGUGUAUGCCAUG